ACUAAUUGAAGAAACCGCUAAAAUUCAUGGGUUACUUAUCAGUAUUUUUCAAUGCUAUUAUUGUAGUGCUGAUGGCUAUGUACGUGUACGAAAAUGAAAGCAGACAUGGUGAAAUUUCCUCCAGGCUUGUUCUUCUAGGUCGAAAACUAUUAGAUUUAAAAGAGGAACUUGGUAAAGUACAACAAGAACAGAACGCUGUGUCAAAUGAAAUUGAAGACAUGGAUCAGUUAUUAUUAAGAAAAGCAGAGAUAGAGAAAUUGACUGAAAUAGAAAAUCAACUACUCAAAACACAUGAAAAAGGCCUUGAAGGGGAAAAGAAACUAUCAACUUUAGAAGAAAAACUUGAUCGAUUGAAACUAGAUAGUAAAGAAGAAAAGAAAGCAAUAGAAGUUACAAUUAAUUACACGGAGAAAUUAUUAGCAACUAAAGCAGGGCUAGAAAAAUUGACUGAUAGAAUAGAAAAACAUCUCAAAGCACAGGAAAAAGCUGUCAACAAAAUAAUUAUAUGCGAAAGAAAUUCGGCCUUUAUCUCAUGCAAUUCGCAAAUAAGUAUAGCGGAAGCUAUAUAUGGACGUCAAACAGAUACAAGUAUUUGUCCAACUUUGGUAAAAACCAGCAACUGUAGGUCACCUGCGUCAGAUGGUAAGGUAAAAAGUCAGUGCAAUGGGAAAAGUCUAUGUGAACUGACUGCAAAUAAUCACCAAUUUGGUGAUCCCUGUCCUGGAGUAGUCAAGUAUCUGGAGGUCAAAUAUACGUGCACAAAGCUGGAACAUUAACUUUUUGUUUGCCUUUGAGAUUUACCUAUUUUUUUGUUCUUUCAAUAUGCGUAUUCGAGUCUUUGCUAUUAGGGUUUUAUAGAUUAUUUAUCCCCCCAAAAUAGGUACGUAUUUCCUUAGAUAAAAUGUUCUUAUACUUUGACAAAAAUAAGUACUUAAAAUGCUUUUUCCCCCUGAAAAAUAUGAUAAUAAAUGUGGGUCACAGGGCUAUUUUUCAAGCUACCAUUCGUGCAAAACUA